CCUGGAAGGGGACGCCAGAGAGGGUGAGAGCCCCGUUGUGCCCGGACCUGUUGCACCACGAGGCGCUAUCUACGAGUCGGGUUGUUUGGGAAUGCAGCCCAAAUCGGGCGGUGAAUUCCGUCCAAGGCUAAAUACGGGCGAGAGACCAAUAGCGAACAAGUACCGCAAGGGAAAGAUGAAAAGGACUUUGAAAAGAGAGUCAAAAAGUGCUUUAAAUUGUCGGGAAGGAAGCGGAUGGGGGCCGGCGAUGCGCCCCGAUCGGAUGUGGAACGGUGACGAGCCGGUCCCCCGAUCGACUCGGGGCGUGGACCAGCGUGGAUUGGGGGAGCGGCCAAAGACCGGGCUCUCGAUACGCUCGUGGAACGCCGUCUCCUUGAUUGUGGCAGGCAGCGCAUGCCUCCGGCGUGCUUCGGCAUCUACGCGCUCUGGACGCUGGCCUGUGGGCUCCCCAUUCGACCCGUCUUGAAACACGAACCAAGGAGUCUGACAUGUGUGCGAGUCAACGGGCGAGUGAACCCGUAAGGCGCAAGGAAACUGAUUGGUGGGAUCCCCACGAGGGGUGCACCGCCGACCGACCUUGAUCUUCUCAGAAGGGUUCGAGUGUGAGCAUACCUGUCAGGACCCGAAAGAUGGUGAACUAUGCCUGAGCAGGGCGAAGCCAGAGGAAACUCUGGUGGAGGCCUGCAGCGAUACUGACGUGCAAAUCGUUAGUCUGACUUGGGUAUAGGGGCGAAAGACUAAUAGAACUCUCUAGUAGCUGGUUCCCUCCGAAGUUUCCUUCAGGAUAGCUGGAGCUCGCGUGCGAGUUCUAUCGGGUAAAGCCAAUGAUUAGAGGCCUUGGGGGCGCAACGCCCUCGACCUAUUCUUAAACUUUAAAUAGGUAGGACGGCGCGGCUGCUUGGCUG